AUGACGAAAUGCGGUGCGCCUUCAUGCCCCGGCGGGACACCUGAUGGGUGGUUCUGCGAGGAGUGUGGGAAUCUGAGGCACGAGGAAUGUUUACAUCCGACCGCUCGUGAAGAGGCGUGGAUGUUUGGCUUUACAUGUGAACCGUGCCGAAUGAAGUUGUACUGUGCGGACGCCGACACGUGGCCAUUGCGUGAGACGACAGUUCAACAGACGCCGCCACCACACCAGACGCCGCCGCAACAGAUGCCGCCGCCACCACACCAGACGCCGCCGCAACAGACGCUGCCACAACAGACGCCGCCACCACACCAGAUGCCGCGGCAACAGACGCCGCCAAAACAGACGCCAACACACCAGAUGCCGCUGCACCAGACGCAGCCGCAACCGACGCUACCACUCCAGACGCCGCCUCCGACAUCGCCGCCCCCAGCUGACCAGUGGAUUGCUGUUGCGACGUCGGGCAACAUCGUCAGCGAGACAACACACUGCGAGACUGCCGAGUCAACGCCAUACCAUGCCGUGGUCAUCGCACCACCACCACCGACGCCGCCGCCCCCAACUGCCGUGAAGGCUCACAGUGGGCUGACGCGGUGCGAACCGGCCGUGCUGCCACGUCCACCAGAGGACAAAACAACACAAGAUCACCUGGAGGAACUACCCCGACGGCGCCGCCCACCGGUGCUGAGAAAGCUGCUGGCACGGAACGGCUUCGCAAAACGACGAUUUUGCAACACUCUCAAGGGAAUCAGCCACCUGUCGAGCCAUUCACAGUCAACCCGGCGCCACCUACACCCAUCACACGUGCCUCUGAAGGCACUGCCACACCGCCGCGGCCCGCCACGCGCACCACCUGGGGCACGCCGCCGCCUGACGCAGAAGGCGCCGACACCACCGCCACCUGCCACGCGCACCACCUGGGGCACGACGCCGCCUGCCACACGCACCACCUGGGGCAUGCCGCCGCCUGAUGCAGAAGGCGCCAACACACCACCGCCACCUGCCACGCGCACCACCUGGGGCACGACGCCGCCCGCCACGCGAGCCACCUGGGGCGCGCCGACACCUGCCGUGGAAGGCGCCGCCACACCGCCGCCGCCCGCCACGCGAGCCACCUGGAGCGCAUGA